UUUUCUCCCCUUGCGUCAUUAGUCAAACUCAUUAAACUUCUUGAAUAAGUUUAUUAAUCAUUGCUUUCCCCAAAACUAAGGAAGCUUGCAGCUUUUUUUUCUGCUCCAUUUCCCUCCGAAAAGGUCUACUUCAAGGGAUUUUGGAGUUCUGGGGUUCUCGCAUUUGUUUGUGUUCUGCUAGUUCUCUCUGUUGGAUGUAAAGAACUGAUUUUGGAGGGUUUUGGUGGUGUUUCAGCAUCAAUUUUUCGUCAGUUACUUACCUGAGGUAUUUUUGAAGGAAUCUGAAUUCGAAAUGUUCUGAGUUUUAUAAGCUUUCUGGAUCAGUCAGAUGAAAUGGAUACCAAUGGGUCUGCUAAACCGUCAGUUUAUGUGGAAAACAAAGGGAAAAGAGACCAGGUGGUAGAGAACAAGUUAGACCAAACCCAUGAUGGUAGUAACCUAUUGGUUGGCUUAGAGAGGAAGCCUAAGGGUGAGCGAUGUAAUGCUGGUGCAGCAAAUGGAAGAGGGAGAGAGCAGAAAUAUACACUGGAAGAAGCGGCUGCUAAUUCUGCAGGGAAGUCUAGUGUCAGGUUGUUUGAUGGAUUAGAUGAGCAGGGAACUAGCAGAGGCGACAAUAGUCUUUUGGAUGAUGAGCAGUCUGAGGCAUGUUCUACUCCUGAAGUAGACUCCCAGAGGAAACCACUGCAGCAGCAUUCAUCAGUCCUUGAGAUUUCCCACUCGAAGGACCCUCCUGUGAUCCGAUCACAGCGGGCACGGAGAGGUUUUGACCGAUGCAUCACUGACCUUAUGGGAAGUCCUAGAAAUGUCUCCCUUGGAAACCGAAGAAUUGGUUAUUCAAGAUCCAUGGUUGAGAAGAAAGGGAGUCCUAUGUAUGACCCAAAGCUGGAUAGGCUGUCCAAAAGUGAGAAGGAAUGGCUAAUUAUGGACCUAGUGAAGUUCCAAAAUGACGGGACAGUGGAAGUUGAUCUGACUAGGGGUUCACCUGGAGCGUCUGAACUGUUAGAGCUUAGCUCACUUGAAGGACCUCCUCCUAUUUUAGAUGAUAUUGUCACUGAUUUCAACAAAACAAUUCCCAAAUUGAAGAUUGCUAUGCUUGUGGUUGGAACAAGAGGAGAUGUGCAGCCAUUUCUAGCCAUGGCUAAGAGACUACAGGAAUUUGGUCAUCGUGUUAGGCUGGCAACUCAUGCUAACUUCGAUGAUUUUGUGAAGUCUGCUGGCGUAGAGUUUUUCCCUUUGGGCGGUGAUUCUCGUGUAUUAGCAGGAUAUAUGGCCCGCAAUAAAGGUCUAAUUCCAUAUUCACCAGGAGAAAUAUCUAUUCAGCGAAAACAACUGAAGGCGAUUAUUGAAUCUCUUCUUCCUGCUUGUACAGAACCAGAUCUAGAAAGCGGAGAGCCUUUCAGGGCUCAGGCAAUCAUUGCGAAUCCUCCAGCUUAUGGACAUGUUCAUGUUGCUGAAGCUCUUGGUGUACCCAUCCACAUCUUCUUCACAAUGCCUUGGACGCCCACAUGUGAAUUUCCUCACCCAUUGGCACGUGUACCUCAAAGUGCAGGUUACUGGCUCUCUUAUAUAGUUGUGGAUUUACUUGUAUGGUGGGGAAUACGAGGAUAUAUAAAUGACUUCAGGAAAAAGAAGCUGAAGCUGUCUCCUAUUGCAUACUUCAGUAUGUAUCAUGGAUCAAUAUCCGAUUUGCCAACAGGCUAUAUGUGGAGCCCCCAUAUUGUGCCCAAGCCACACGAUUGGGGGCCUCUUGUUGAUGUUGUUGGCUAUUGUUUCCUAAAUCUUGGCUCAAAGUUUGAGCCUUCGGAAAACUUUGUUAACUGGAUCCAAAGUGGACCGAAACCUAUAUAUAUAGGUUUUGGAAGUAUGCCUCUUGAGGAUCCCAAAAAAACUACAGAAAUCAUUUUAGAAGCACUGACGAAUACAGGACAGCGGGGAAUAAUUGAUCGUGGAUGGGGAGAUCUAGGUUCUGUGGAAACUCCUGAAAAUGUUUUUCUUCUUGUUGAUUGCCCCCAUGAUUGGCUAUUCCCUCAAUGUUCAGCUGUGGUUCACCAUGGUGGUGCUGGAACUACAGCUACAGGAUUGAGGGCAGGGUGUCCAACAACCAUAGUUCCAUUCUUUGGGGAUCAGUUUUUUUGGGGUGAUAGAGUUCACCAAAGAGGACUGGGACCUGCACCGAUUCCCAUAUCUGAAUUGAGCGCUGAAACCCUCUCAGAUGCCAUAAGAUUUAUGCUCCAGCCGGAGGUAAAAUCUCUGGCUAUGGAACUAGCAAAGUUGUUAGAAAAUGAAGAUGGUGUUGCGACUGCGGUUGAUGCAUUUCACCGGCACUUGCCUCCAGAAUUACCAUUACCAACUGCAUCAACAGAGGACAAUGAUCAUCCAAAUUCCUUGCAGUGGCUGUUCAUUCAAAUUGGCAGAUUAUGCUGUCUGCCCUGUGGUUCCUAGAAUUUCUGCUGCAACAUCAGUAGUGAUUUUUGUAGAUAUAGUUGUAUGAUUUGGUCUCUAUUUAUAGUUGAUUAGUACUGUCUUAUUCAUUCAUUUUAUUGAUCCACCCUUCUGUGGGGUUGGACAGUGGUCAGUAUAUAGGCUUUCAAACUUUUUUUUAAAAAUUUUGGGAGAAAGGCUAGAGUGGAAUAGAAGAACUAGAGUAUUGUUUUGACUAGUAGGUUGAGGCAUAGAACUUGAAAAAAGGAAAAAAAAGAGACAAUUAUUCUGUAUUA